AUGGAUCGCAUCGGGGAUUUCUGGAAGAAGAGCAAGCGCGAGGUCAAGGACCUGCUGGCUGACGCCGGUCUGCGCGACCAAGCUUCCCCGCAACAGCCUCCACCUCCGCCCUUCGAUUCCCAUCCCAGUCAUCAGCAGCAAUUCCAUGACAAGCGGCCGCAGUUUGAUCACUGCCACCAUGACUGCCACCGUCGCCGGAAAGGCAUCUUCUGCCAUUACAUGGUUGGAAGCAUGGGCAGCAUCGAUCAAGCCCACACCGAUGUCAGGGAGGCCAUGUCCGUUGGAUUCGAUGCCUUUGUUCUCAACGUCCAGAACGUGAAGGACGACUGGUCCUUGAACGCUCUUUCCUGGGUCUUUGCCGCCGCCGAGGCCGCCGGUUUCAAGCUCUUCUUCUCCUUCGAUAUGGAUGUUCUCGCCGACCCCGUUGAUUUCCUCCCGCUUUUCGUCCACUAUCAGGCCCAUCCGGCUUACUAUCGCUACCAAGGCUUGCCUUUCGUCAGCACCUUCCAGGGGGGCCGCAAGGACUUUGACCUUCCGCACCCCAACGACGGCUGGACCUUGAAGUUCCGCGCCCAGCUUCAAGACCGCUAUGGAAUCAUCCCCUUCUUCGUGCCGGACUUCGACGAUCAUGGUGGCGCAGCUUAUGAUGACAACUUCUUCAACCGCUAUCCCGUCGUUGAUGGUGUGUUCAGCUGGGAAACGGCCUGGCCUUUCAAGGACGACGGCAUCAGCGACGUGAGCUCCGCUGUUGAUGAGGUGGGCAUACAGUGUGCCCAUAAUGCCGGCAAAGUGUACAUGAUGCCCAUGUCUUCGCUCCAGUUCAAGCGCAUUGAUGGCAGCGGCAAUUGGUAUCGCCGCGGCGAGCUGAAUCUCGCCCACCGCAUGGCCCAAGUGCUUGCCCUGUCUCCCGAUUUCGUUCAGGUCAUCUCGUGGAACGAUGCCGGUGAAAGCCACUAUGUUGGUAACGUGUGGCAAGAGGGAAUCGCCAGCUGCCCGGAGAUUGGCCUCUAUACUGACGGCUACGACCACAAGGCUUGGCUCCACGUCAUUGCGCCCUUCGUAGCCGCUUGGAAGGCAGGUGCCACACAUCCGUCUCAGAUUGUGCCGUUCGGCGAGUUUGCUGGUGCUUUUUGGUACCGCGAUCGCCUAGCUGGCACGAAUUGCCCCGGCGACCGCAUGGGCCGACCUUCUGGCUGCGAGAAUGCCGAGGAUGCCGUCAACUUCGCCAUUUUACUGCCGGCAGACACGCACGGUGUUGGUAUUAACGUCUGGAGCGGAGGUGAGCUUCUUGCGUCGAUUGCGGGACAGCCAGGGCUGAAUGCCCACAGCGUGAAGGGGAUGAAGGCAGGUCCGCAGCGGGUCGAGCUCAUCAAGGAUGGUCACCUUCCAAUGGGCGCCGGAGAUGGCCCCGUAACCGUCACUGGUGAGGCAGACGAGAACAAGACGUAUAACUACAACUACCACGUUGUGCAUAUUUCAUGA